AUGUUGCCCUCGUUUCGAUCAGACGCCAAGGGCGACUACAAAUCGGCUCCAUCCGGUCGCCCGCAUCAACCUUUGUGUCUCACGCUUUGUUCCAACAUUGCCAUCGUUCCCACCCCUCUCGGUCAUCAGUAAGUCACGCUUUCCUCGCUGUGGCUAUCCGACAAGCAGCCCAAGGAGCCUGCUAACAUUCGGCAACACGACAUCCCUUGAUUCUUCUCACUUAGAACAACGUCUGUGUCGUCGUCGUCUUCUGCGUCGCCGUCAUCGUUGUUGGAUAUCAAGUCACGGGUUGGCAGGUCGCUGGGGAUGGAAGGAUAAGGACGGCACAACAGCUUAGAGAGCGGAUGGUGGGAUGCAAUACUCCCACGGCUUGGGUAUAA